AUGAAGACUUGGAACAUAUUUUGGGGGAUCAUCUUCCUUGCAGCUCACUUUGACUUCAUGAAAUCACAGAAAACUGUCUGCAGGAAGGAUUCUGUGGGAGAUAUCGUGUUUCUGGUGGACACCAGCAUCAACCCUCAACAGGCCCGCCAUGUGCAAAAAUUCUUGUCGUCUAUGGUUACUGGUUUCAAUGUUGGCAGAGAGACCAUCCGCGUGGGUCUGGCCCAGUACAGUGAUGCACCCAGCUCAGAGUUCCUACUUUCCACUUACCUCCACAAGAAUGAUGUGCUGAACCACAUUAAGAACUUUCCAUUUAAGCCUGGGGGCAGGAAGACAGGCCUGGCCUUGCAGUUCAUCCUAGAUCACCACUUCCAGGAAACAGCAGGGAGCCGUGCAAAGCAAGGAGUACCUCAGGUUGCCAUUGUGAUCAGCAAUGGCCCUUCUGAGGACUAUGUUUCUGAAGCUGCAGAGGCACUGAGGAGAGCAGGCAUCCUGCUUUAUGCUGUUGGUGUCAGAAAUGCUGUUUGGGAAGAGCUCAGAGACGUGGCAAGUAGUCCUGUGGAGAAGUUUGCUACUUUGGUUCCCAACUUCCUUGGUCUGAACAAUCUUGCCCAGAAGCUGUGGCAAGAGCUCUGUGAUACUUUGAGAGAAGAAACUCAACUUGUUGGCCAUGUUUCACCAGCUUGCAGAGAAGCAUCCCUGCUGGACAUUGUGUUCCUAGUGGACAGCUCGACCAGCAUUGGACCCCCAAACUUCCAGAUAGUGAAGGACUUCCUUUACUCUGUUGUCUUGGGGCUUGACAUCGGUAGUGACCAAGUCCGGGUAGGACUUGUUCAGUAUAAUGACAACAUCUACCCAGCCUUUCAGCUGAAUCAGUACCCUCGGAAGAGCGUAGUCCUGGAGCAGAUCCAGAACCUACCCUACCGCACAGGAGGCACAAACACGGGAAACGCCCUGGAGUUCAUAAGGACCAACUACUUGACUGAGGCAGCUGGCAGCCGGGCCCAGAACAGGGUUCCUCAGAUAGUUAUCCUGGUAACAGAUGGGGAAUCAAGUGAUGAAGUCCAGGAGAUCGCUGACAGGUUGAAAGAAGAUGGAGUUGUUAUGUAUGUGGUAGGAAUUAAUGUUCAGGAUGUCCAAGAGUUGCAAAAAAUAGCCAGUGAGCCAUUUGAGAAGUUUCUCUUCAACAUCGAAAACUUCCACAUCCUGCAGGAGCUCUCAGGAAGCAUUCUUCAGACUCUGUGUUCAGCAGUGGAGGGUAAGAUUAAAGAAUUCAACCAGGCUUAUGCAGAUGUGGUCUUUCUUGCUGACACCUCUCAGAACACAUCAUGGUCUAGUUUCCAGCGGAUGAAGAAUUUCAUCUUGGGAGUGGUUGGCAUGUUGGAGGUUGGCAGAGACAAAUACCAGAUUGGUCUGGCUCAAUAUGGUGAUCAAGGUCACACUGAAUUUUUGUUCAACACCUACCAGACACAGAAGGAAAUAACUACUCACAUCCAGAAGCAGUUUAAGCUCCAGGGUGGCUCUAGGAGAACAGGAAAGGCUCUCAGGUACCUUCUUCAGACCUUCUUCCAAGAGAAAGCAGGAAGCCGGUUUCUCCAGGGAAUUCCCCAGUAUGCAGUGGUCAUUACUUCGGGCAAGUCUGAGGAUGAGAUCUUGGAGGCAGCACAGGUACUGAGGGAGAAAGGUGUGAAAAUCAUGUCUGUGGGCAUGCAGAAUUUCAACAGGAAAGAACUGGAGGGAAUGGGAACUCCAUCUCUUGUAUAUGAGAUGCAAGGAGAAGAUGGAACCAGACAGAUGCUGCAGGAUGUGCGUGUGGUGAUCCAAGAGACCAAGGAGCCAGAGUUCAGGAUCCAGGUCAAUGAGGAGGCAGAAGUAGCAUGUGCAACUGUUGUUCCAGCUGACUUAGUAUUCCUGGUUGAGGAAUUUAGCAGCGCUAGUCAAUCCAAUUUCCAGCAAGUUGUCAACUUCCUAAAGUCCACUGUCAGGUCACUAAGAAUCCAUCCUGAUGCGGUGAGAAUUGGCUUGGUCUUUUACAGUGAGGAGCCAUACCUUGAGUUCUCGCUGGAUACAUUUCAGAAUCCAACACAAAUUUUGAAGCAUCUGGAGAAAUUAACCUAUCGAGACAGGGGAGGAAGAAAGCUCAAGACUGGUGCCGCUUUGAAUUUCCUAAGGAACAGGGUUUUCAUUCAGGAGAAGGGUAGCCGGUCCAACCAAGGUGUGCAGAAGAUAGCUGUGGUCAUCAUGGACAGCGUCUCGCAGGAUAAUGUAUCCAGACCAGCAUCUCUCCUCCGGAGGGCAGGGGUUACGGUCUAUGCAGUGGGUACCCAGAUUGCUUCAGAGAGCAAGGACCUGGAGAAAAUGGUGUCCUAUCCUCCUUGGAAGCAUGCGAUCCCCCUGGAAUCUUUCCUGCAACUCUUCAUUGUGAGGAACAAAAUUAAGAACCAACUCUGCACUGAAAUUGUGGGCAAAAUGGAUUUAGAUUUUCGGGAGGGCUACCCCCCACCAAAAGGUUGUACACAUAUUGAGAAGGCAGAUAUUUACUUCCUUAUUGAUGGUUCUGGCAGUAUCAUACAAGAAGAUUUUCUUGAAAUGAAGGUGUUCAUGAAUAAGGUGAUAAAGAUGUUCCAGGUCGGGCCUGACAAAGUACAGUUUGGAGUCGUUCAGUACUCAUACAAAACUCAGAGUCAGUUUAUUCUCAGCCAGUAUUCCAGUGUAGCAGGGCUGAAGGUAGCCAUUGAUGCCAUCCGACAGUUAGGAGGUGGAACCAACACAGGUCAGGCUUUGAAUGAUAUGAAGCAGAUCAUUGUAGACACUGCCCGCAGCAACGUACCUCAACAUCUCAUUGUCAUCACUGAUGGGGAAUCCGAUGACCCGGUGGCUGAGGCUGCAGAAGCCUUGAGGCAAGCUGACAUCAUCAUCUACGCAAUUGGAGUACGAGACGCCAACACUGAUGAACUAAGAAAAAUCGCUACAGACAAGAUUUUCUUUGUUAAUGAAUUUGACUCCUUGAAUGCCAUUCAACAAGAAGUGGUACAGGACAUCUGCUCCUCAGAGAUCUGUAAGGAUAAGAAAGCUGAUAUUAUGUUCCUGAUAGAUGGUUCAGAAAGCAUCUCACCAAAUGACUUUGAAAAGAUGAAGAGAUUCAUGGAGAGAAUGGUGAACAUAUCUAAUAUUGGUUCUGAUGAAGUUCAGAUUGGCCUUUUGCAGUUCAGCACAGAUCCGCGGGAAGAAUUCAUGCUCAACCAAUACUCUUCAAAGGUGGACAUUCUCAGAGCAAUAAGUGAUGUUCAGCAAAUAAAUGAUGGCACCCACACUGGGAAAGCCCUGAAUUUCGCCCUGCCUUUUUUUGACAGUUCAAGAGGAGGAAGACCCAGUGUUCAUCAGUAUUUGAUUGUGAUCACUGAUGGGGUUGCAAAGGAUGAUGUAGCAAUACCAGCCAAGGCCCUCAGGGACAGAAACAUCAUUAUUUUUGCCAUUGGGGUGGGAGAAGCCAAAACAUCUCAACUUUUGGAGAUUACUAAUGACCAGAGCAAAGUGUACUAUGGAGAAAACUUUGCGUCCCUUCAGAACCUGGAGAAGGACAUACUUUAUCAGGUCUGCACCCCACAAGAAUGCAACCUGGAGUUGUCUGUAAGCAUUGAUAUCUCAACUUCCAAAAGACAAGUUCAGCAGAAGCUUCAAGAAUUACUGCCAGAACUGAUGCAACAGUUGGCUUUUCUUUCCAACAUCAGCUGUGGUAGUGUUCCUGGUCAGAUCAACACGAAGUUCCGCUACUUGGUGCCUGACCCAAAUGGGCAGAUUAUCUUUGACUCAUCCUUUGUGAAUUCUAAUGAUGGGAUCACCCAGAUGUUGUUGGCUGCCAAGAAUAGCCAUAUGGAUGUGAAUUUUUUGCAGUCACUGGGAGACGUUAUUCACCUGACUUCUGCUAAAGUGAAGGUCCUUUUAGUAUUUACAGAUGGACUGGACGAUGAUUUAGAGAGACUAAAGGAAAAAUCCCAGGUCAUCCGCACCUCGGGGCUCUCUGGACUCCUAAUGGUUGGUCUGGAAGGUGUGCAGAAAUUAGAAGAACUCCAAGAGCUGGAAUUUGGCAGAGGAUUUGCAUAUAAACAACCUCUGAGUAUCACACUAAGAUCUCUCCCAAGCCACUUACUGCAGCAACUUGACACAAUUGUAGAGAGAACAUGCUGCAAUAUGCCUGGCCAAUGCUUUGGAGAAGAAGGGGACAUGGGCCAUGAUGGGGAUCCUGGGAGCAAGGGAAAGAAGGGUCUUGCUGGAUUACCUGGCUAUCCUGGUGAAGAAGGCAUACCUGGAGAAAGAGGCCCUCAGGGUCUUCCUGGACCCCGAGGGGAGGAAGGGUGUCAGGGUCUGAGAGGUCCUAAGGGAGCAAGAGGAUUUGCAGGAGAGAGGGGUGGCCUUGGUGAGGAAGGUAUUGACGGCUUGAAUGGAGAACAGGGUGAACAUGGAGUCCCAGGAUCAUCUGGAGAAAAAGGAAGUAGAGGAAAUCGGGGAUUGACGGGACCCCCAGGAAGACCUGGAGAGCGUGGAGCACUAGGUUUAAGGGGAGAUCCUGGGGAUCCUGGAACUGAUAGUUACUUCCAAGGCCCUAAGGGAGAAAAAGGAAGGCGUGGGCAUCAGGGACCUUCUGGUUUUGACGGACUUCAAGGAGAAAAUGGAAACAUCGGUCUUAAUGGGCAAAGAGGAAGACAAGGUGGGCCAGGGUUGAAGGGUGUGCGUGGACAAAUUGGUGAACAGGGUUACCAAGGAGAGCGUGGAAAUCCAGGCCAACAGGGACCAAGAGGAAGGCAAGGGACACCAGGAGUUACUGGACAAAGAGGCUUACUGGGUGCUCAGGGGAAUCCUGGGUCUCCAGGGACAUAUGGCUCUAAUGGAAAAGAAGGGCCAAGAGGAAUAAAGGGAGAGCUUGGUGAAGCAGGAGACGAAGGCCCACGGGGACCACAAGGACCAAGAGGGCCACCUGGUUUUCUUGGUCCAGAUGGAUAUGGACGUCCAGGAAGAAAAGGAGCAAAGGGCAAACCUGGAUUUCCUGGCUUUCCUGGUACACAAGGAGAAGAUGGAGACCCGGGCCACCAAGGAGAGAAGGGGAUGAAGGGAAUUAGAGGGAAGAGGGGUAAUGCUGGCUUUCCUGGAUUUGCUGGGAUUCCAGGGGAUCAAGGCCCACCAGGGCAAAUGGGUGUCAAAGGUCCCAAAGGUUUGGUAGAUAUGAUGCCCUGUGAAAUUGUCACUCUCACACGGGAAAACUGCCCUUGUUCAACAGGUGUUUCCAAAUGCCCGGCAUUCCCAACUGAAGUGGUCUUUGCUUUGGACAUGUCAAAUGAUGUCUCCCAGUUGGAUUUUGAGAGGAUCAGAGGCAUUUUAUUAUCUCUGUUGAUGAAGAUAGAAAUAAGUGAGAGUAACUGCCCAACGGGUGCCCGAGUGGCCAUUGUUUCAUACAAUGCUGAAACAGAUUACCUGGUUCGCUUCUCAGACUACAAGGGGAAGACUGACCUCCUGCAGACUGUUAGGAAAAUCCCUCUGCAACGGUCAUCUGGCCGCCGGAACCUUGGGGCCACCAUGAGGUUUGUGGGGAGACAUGUCUUCAAACGUGUGCGCUCAGGUCUUCUCCUGAGAAAAGUGGCUGUAUUCUUUGAGGCUGGCUGGACCUAUGAUGCAGCUUCCAUUAACACGGCCACACUGGAACUCAGUGCACUGGACAUCGUUCCUGUGAUCAUCACAUUUACAAAGGAGCACAACCUCCCGGAUGCCUUGCUGAGGGAUGUGACCAACAGAUUCCACCUGUUCAUCUGGGAGACUGAGGAGCAGCAGGACGUGGAGUAUAUGACCCAUUGCACUCUCUGUUACGACAAGUGCCGGCCCCACCCGAACUGUGAGCGGAUUGUGUCCAGGCCCUUGGAGGUGGAUGUGGACGUGGCAUUCGUGGUAGACGGCUCCCACAGCGCCAGCGCGGACUCUUACCUCGGGGCCUUGAACCUGGUGGCGGCAGUGCUAGACGACCUGGAGGUGGCCGCACAGCCAGAUGCGUCCCACCGCGGGGCGCGAGCAGCCCUGGUGACAUACACGACUCCUGGCUUCAGGCCCGGCUCGGGGAGACCCCCAGUGAUGGAGAGCUUCCAUCUAACCUCCUAUGGUCACAGUGCUCAGAUGCAGCAGCGUGUAAAUGAGGCCGCGGGCCGUCCUCCUCAGGGAGCCCCCGCCCUAGGCCACGCCCUCGAGUGGACUUUGGAGAGGAUGCUUCUGGCAGCUCCACUACCACGGAAAGCUCGGGUCUUGUUUGCCAUUGUGGCCAGCGAGACCAGCGACUGGGACCGGGAGAAGCUGAGGACUUUGUCCCUGGAAGCCAAGUGCAAGGGUGUUGCUCUAUUUGUGCUGGUCAUAGGUCUGAAUGUGGGGCCCUUCGAGCUGGCUGAGCUAAACCGCGUGGCCAGCACCCCCUCUGAGCAGCACCUGCUUCACCUAGAAGGCGUCUCAGACUUAGAGGUGGCCUAUGCUCUGAGAUUCACAAGAGCCUUUUUCAGCCUCCUAAACAGUGAAACAAACCAGUACCCACCUCCAGAACUCACUGUUGAAUGUGGGGGCCCCAAUCGUGGGGACACUCUGCUGCAGCCACUCAUGCCUAUGGAGAGGUUGUCCACACGCCAGUUUAACAUGUCUACCUUUGCUGAUGAUUUGGAAGCACUUGAAGCAACUGACAUUUUUCUAGAAGAAGCCAUGACAACGUCUGUAACUCAACAAGAAACACUUGAAAAUUAUUAUGAUGAAAAGCACAAAUAUAACUCUGCUAAAAAUGAACUAGAAACCCCAGCAAAACCAGAAGAAACAGGAAAAGAACUAAAUUUAAGCACCACCUAUGGUCCCUGCUUCAUGGGUCCAGAGGAAGGUGAGUGCCAGGAUUAUAUCCUGAAAUGGUACUACAACAAGGAGGAGCAAGCUUGCCAGCAGUUCUGGUAUGGAAGCUGUGGGGGCAAUGGCAAUCGGUUCGACACCAGGGAAGAAUACUCUUUCUAUAUGGCAGAAAGAGAGCUGGAAACUGGGAAUGUUCAGAAUGGUCAGACUCGAAGUGUGGAUCCAUCCGGAAAAAAAGAAACAGGCCAGCGAGUGUAG